GAUGAAAUCAUUACAGAAGAAGAUAUGGCUAAACUGAAGGAUGAAGUGGAAGCAAAAAAGAAACUCAUUGCAACUUUACGAAACAAACCCUCGCCCAUGAAGCAGAAGUUACAACUACUGAAAGAAGCACAGGAAUUUGUGGAGAAAUUUGAAGGUGCACUUGGGAAAGGAAAAGGCAAAAGAUUUUAUGCCUAUAAAGUAAUGAUGACCAAAAAAUGGAUGAAAUUUCAGCGUGACUUUGAGAACUUCAAAACUGCUUGCAUUCCAUGGGAAAUGAAAAUAAAAGAGAUUGAAAGUCACUUUGGGUCUUCUGUUGCCUCAUAUUUCAUAUUCUUGAGAUGGAUGUAUGGGAUCAAUAUGGUUCUUUUUGGACUAACGUUUGGUUUGGUCAUGAUCCCAGAGGCUCUGAUGGGAAAACCCUAUGGUAGCAUGCCUAGAAAAACGGUUCCAAAGAGUGAGCAAGACUCAGCCAUGAACUUUGCCACUUUGUGGGAUUUUGGGGGCUAUGCACAAUAUUCUGUCCUUUUCUAUGGUUAUUAUAAUCAUCAGCGGUCAAUUGGAUGGCUGAAGUUCAGGCUUCCUUUGAGUUACUUCCUGGUGGGUAUUGGCACAAUAGGAUACAGCUUCAUGGUGGUGAUUAGAACAAUGGCAAGCAAUGCGAAUGAGCAGGGUGGUGGAGAUGAUACAAGCUUUAACUUUAGUUGGAAGAUGUUUACAAGCUGGGACUACUUGAUUGGCAAUGCCGAAACUGCAGAUAAUAAAUUUGCUUCCAUCACUACCAGCUUUAAGGAAUCCAUUCUUGAAGAACAAGAGAAUCGAAAAGAAGGAAACAUCCAUUUAACAAGGUUUUUACGGGUUCUUGCCAAUUUCUUGGUGCUCCUCACUCUGGCUGGAAGUGGUUACCUGAUUUUCUUUGUCGUCAGAAGGUCUCAGAAGUUUGCACAGGAAGGACUGGAAGACUAUGGAUGGUGGGAAAGAAAUGAAGUAAAUAUGGUCAUGUCACUGCUGGGUAUGUUCUGUCCAAUGUUAUUUGACAUCAUCAGUCCCUUAGAAAACUACCACCCACGAAUUGCACUCCAAUGGCAACUGGGCCGCAUUUUUGCUUUGUUUCUUGGUAAUCUCUACACAUUUAUUAUUGCUUUAUUGGAUGAAAUUAAUCUCAAGCUUGAAGAAGAGAAGAUUAUUAAAUACAAUAUCACUAUCUGGGAACAGAAUCUUUACAAUGGAACAUGGUUGGAGAACUCAACAGCACGCCCUUCAUUAGAUGUAGAUCCUGCAAUUGUACCCAGAGGACCUUGUUGGGAGACGAUGGUGGGACAGGAGUUUGUGCGACUCACCGUUUCGGAUACUUUGACUACAGUAAUAACUAUACUGAUCGGGGAUUUUCUUCGUGCUGUAUUUGUCAGAUUUGUUAACUAUUGCUGGUGCUGGGAUCUCGAGUAUGGAUUUCCCUCCUAUGGAGAAUUUGAUAUUAGUGGGAACGUUUUGGGUUUGAUCUUCAAUCAAGGCAUGAUAUGGAUGGGUGCCUUUUAUGCUCCAUGUCUUCCAGCUAUCAAUGUCUUACGUCUCCUCGCUUCCAUGUACCUACAAUGUUGGGCUGUCAUGUGUACCAAUGUUCCACAUGAGCGAGUGUUUAAGGCAUCAAGAUCCAAUAACUUCUAUAUGGCUAUGCUGCUGAUUAUCCUGUUCCUGUCAACACUGCCUGCAGUUUACACAAUUGUUUCAAUACCACCAUCUUUUGAUUGUGGACCAUUUAGUGGGAAAAGUAGAAUGUUCGAUGUUAUUCAAGAAACAUUGGAUAAUGACUUUCCAGCCUGGUUUGCAAAAGUUUUCAGUGCUGCAAGUAACCCCGGUUUGGUUCUUUCUUUUAUUUUAAUUAUGGUUUUGGCUAUAUAUUAUCUUCAGACAACUUCUAAAUCAUACAAGGCUGCAAAUCUGGAAUUAAAAAGGAAACUACAAAAUCAAAGUGACGAAAACAAAAAGAGGAGUAAAAAGAAUGCUGAAGCUGCAGCAAAUCAAAUGGAAGAACUGCAAAAUUCCUUGAAAAAAGACAGCAAAAGUGCAACAGUCGUUGAGGUGGACAAGAAACCAAAUGGCGUUAAUUCUUCUAACCAGCCUUCACCUCACAAUGCCUGUCCACCCAGUGAAAGGGGGAUGAGGCUUGUUUCUCCCCCACGGGUAGCUAUCACUCGACCACCAAGGCCAAGAAACCCUGGCCAACUGCCAGGCCAACUUCGGUAUCCUGGUCCACAUCAAUAUUAUGGAGCUCGCCCACGGAUCCCCAGAGGUUACAUUAAAGAAAUGCCUGUGUUCACCAUCGGAGCCGCUCUCCGUCCUCGUCCCGGCUUCGGGAGCGGACAACUAACCACAUUUUUCUAUAAAAGGAAACUGCAGUCCACUGUGAAAAGCACAGUGUUGCUCUCAACUUACAGUUCACGAAAUGGGACAAAAUACGUUAUUAAAAAGAAUCGUCAGCGAUUUGGAAUUCAGAUAGACCAUGAGACAGAUGAAGACGAUGAUGAUGAAGAAGAGGAUGAUGAGAGACAACCUGAGAGGAGAGGAAAGCAACAAAAUAGCAGAAACCUGCCUAAAGUAUCUGAGGAUGAAGAAGAUAGUUCAGAAGAAGCUGCCAAACCCAAACCAAGGAACAAUAGGAGGAGACCCCCAGUUCAGAACAGAAGUAAACAGAAAAGCAAGAACAAUAGAGAUGAUGAAAGUGACGAAGAUGAUGAUGAUGAAGAAGAAGGAGACGGCAAAAAAGGGGCAGCUAAAAAUUCAAGGAUAAAAGCAAGAAACAAAAAGAAUAAUAGAACAGAGGAAAGCGAUGAUGACAGUGAACCAGAGGGAAGAAGUAUGAAAACAAAAAGGAACCAAGCCCGCAGUACUAAUAGAAACAAUGUAAACAAGAAGCAGAAAGAUGAAGCUCAUCAUCAGGUUCAUCAGACAGUGAAGAUCCUCUGUCAGAGGGAGAACUUGCUAAGGUUUUGGAAGAAGUGGAAGAGAAAAAGAAACUAA